AUGACACACACAAACUCAAACUCUUCCAUUCUAGAAACAUUCUCACUAAACCCACUUCCAUACCCAGUUCUUUUGAUCCUAUCACUCAUCUUCUUCUUCCUUGGGUUCCAAUGGUACUCAUCAUAUGAAGAGGCCAUUGAAGAAGCUGAAGAAAGCUUCAAUUGGGUGCUUUUAAUCACUCCUUUAUUACUACUUUUUGCAGUCAAAUGGUUGUCAAGUGUGGAGAACCCAGAAAAGUUUUUUGGGUUUGGGUUGUCGCCGUGGGAACGCCGCCACCGGCAGGCCUACUACCAGCUGCCGACGGAGGGAAGCUCGCCGUGGGGGGUGGCUGCUUUGAUCUUGUUGGUGCUUGUUUUGAUGCAGUUUCGUGAGACUGUUGUUGAAGGUUGGUUUUGA